AUGGCUCCAUCCACUCGUUUCUACGGCUUUAAACACUCAUUCACUUGGGUUCUUCUGAUUUUGUCGCAGGUAGACAAGAUCUCUUCUCUUCCUCUGCAAGAUGCUGCAGUCUUCCCUUUACCCCAAGCGGCCGUUGACAAGAUUGCCGACGUCCUCCCAGACUCUCUCUACGAUCUUCCACUAUCGGUCAACAUGUUGGAAGGACGGGCGGCGAUGCCGCAGUCUGCGAUAGUCACGCCGUCCAGCUCGGCCAAGAAGUCAAAGGAUGCCGCUUCGAAGACCGCUACUUCCUUUGCUACCUCAGUCGUCACUUCCCAGCCUGCGUCGGCUGCCCCUUCUGAUACAGCGGGCCUGAUUACCACCAUCACGUCCGGAGGAUUGACGAUCCAGUCUGUUAUUCCUGACCUCGAGCCUGGUACCACUGGUACGGUCAUCGCCACCCUCGAAAGAGAAGGCGAGAGCGCCGUCCCACCUUUCAACACUCAACCUAUCCCUACUCCUUCGGGCGUCCUGCAGCCGAUCAAAGGAAACCUGACCACUGUUAUUCCGGAACAGCGCAUGAACCUCAUGGCCGGCGACAUCUUCCAGCCCUUGGCGAGCGAAGACCCGGGUACAAUCAUUCCACGCAGGGGCGACCAUCCGGCUCCCCGGACUGGAAUUACUACCGGCGGGUCACUGCAGACCAACAAGUUUUACGCAAACUUCUUCCUUGGUGGUCAGUCACAGUCCACCUGGACUCACCCGUACUCGCUGCAAUGGACCAAGGGCCAGGGUGCCGCCAAGAGUUGGGGUGUCAGCAUCGCCCACAUUCGGGCUGAACAAAGAGUCUUCGGUCCGGGCAGCCCUGCGCAAUACUACCUUAACCCUAUCGGAUUGCACUCCGUCAUCAUGUCUGCGGCAGAGCUGGGCGGAUCUACUCAGCUUACCACUAAAAAUCUACUUGCCUUCAGCGUGGAUGUGGAACUCCGCGCGGCACCUGGUGCAGCUCCUCUUAUUACUAUGCCUCUCGUUCAGGGAAUGGGCUUCGUGAGCGGUGUCUACCAGGGCGCCACACCUUUGCUCCAAAGCGACAUCUUCUUCAGGAGCAUCGCCGGCCCCAUCGCAGUCAACGGCGCCAACAAGUACCGCAUUACCACUGAGGACAACCAGAGCUGGCUCCUGUACGCAACCCCUAGCUCUGGUGCUGCGCCCACCUUCAGCUUGACCUCCAACACUGCUAUCCGUGGCCCAGCAGGCUUCCGGGGAACCAUUCAAAUCGCCAAGAACCCUGCCGGUGCUGCUGGUGAAGGCUUCUACGACCGAGCUGUUGGCGCGUAUCCGACUGGCGCGACCAUCUCAGGUUCGGUUUCCGGAAGGAGCGGCUCUUACACUUUCGCCUUCAACAAGGGUGGUAACGCUGCACGGCCUCUUAUCAUGUACGCUCUACCGCAUCACGUUCAGAGCUUCGAUGGUGUCACAGCAGGCGCGAAAGUCGAAAUGAGGCUGCAGACCACGACCAAGGGCGUGGCCCAGGCCGUCAUCGCCGAUCGCUGGACGAUGGUUGAGAACAACCUCCCCGCUGACGUGGGCUUCGCUCCAUGGUCGCCAGCAAGGGGCAGUGCCACCACUCUGAACGGGAACGUUAUGACCCUUAUGAACAAUGUCGCCGGACAAGAACUCAACCAGGACUUCAAUGCGCAGACAAACCUUGAUUCCAUGUACUUCAGCGGCAAGGGCUUGGCCAAGUUUGCCUCCAUUGUCUAUGCCGUCAGGGACCUCUCCAAGAAUCCAGGUCUUGCCAACGCUGGUCUGCAGAAGCUCAAGACGGCCUUUGAUGUGUUCGUUCAGAACAGGCAAAGGAACCCCCUCAACUACGAGACUGCAUGGCGCGGUGUCGUCUCGGUAGCCGGUUACCGCGACCCCGGCCUCGACUUUGGCGGCACGUACUACAACGACCACCACUUCCACUACGGCUACUUCGUCUACGCCGCGGCCGUGAUCGGCUACCUCGACCCCGCCUGGCUCAGCCAGGGCCGCAACAAGGCCUGGGUGAACAUGCUAGUGCGCGACUUCGCCAACAGCGUCCACGGCGACUUCUUCCCCUUCUCGCGGUCCUUCGACUGGUACCACGGCCACUCGUGGGCCAAGGGCCUGUUCGAGUCGGCCGACGGCAAGGACCAGGAGAGCACUUCCGAGGACUCGUUCGCGAGCUACGCGCUCAAGAUGUGGGGACGCGUCACGGGCGAUGUCAACAUGGAGGCGCGCGGCAACCUCAUGCUGUCGAUCCAGGCCCGCAGCUUCCAGAACUACUUCCUCAUGGACAGCGGCAACACGAACCAGCCGGCGCAGUUCAUCGGGAACAAAGUCACGGGCAUCCUAUUCGAGAAUAAGGUCGACCACAUCACCUACUUUGGCGCGAACACGGAGUUCAUCCAGGGGAUUCACAUGAUCCCGCUUGCGGCGCCGUCGACGCUGAUUCGGACUCCGAAGUUUGUCCGCGAGGAGUGGGACCGGUACUUCUCGAACGGACGUGUCGAUAGUGUUCAGGGCGGCUGGAGAAGCAUCUUGUAUGCCAAUUUGGCCAUCAUUGAUCCCGUGGCGGCGUACAACUUCUUCGCGAACCCGAACUUCAAUGCUGGGACGCUGGAUGGUGGGGCUAGUCGCACUUGGUCGCUUGCUUGGUGCGCUGGGCUUGGUGGUGCUUAG